UUUGUCGGAAUAGGAAAAUCUCGACAUAAUAAUAAUUUCUUAGUCUUGAAUUUGGUUGGUUUGAAUAGUGACGCAAUAAUCAACAACACUUUCUUUCAAAAAAUAUCUUUGCUACUUGCACAAAAAAAAAUUAAACUACUUAUGGUCUAACAUAAGUAGAGUCGUUGAUUUUGAUAUUAUUAAUAGAUUGUUGUAAUGUUUUUUAAACUUUGUUUUUUCAAAAUUUUAUUCGUAAAGUCAAUGAAAGUUUUGUAACCGUUGUUUAUACAAAACCACUAGCAGACCUUACGUGAGCAAAAAAUCGCUGCCAAACGUAUUCAUUUUAAAAGUCAAAACAAUUUAUGUUGCUAACAAUGUUUAAAUCACUUAAUACUUUGGUAUUUGGUUUUACAAUAUUUUGUUGUAAUUGGAAACCUACAAUUUUUACAAACUCCACAGCUCUUGAAGCAUAUAGUUCGCCCAAUUUUUUUACAUUGAGACCUAUCAAUAUCUCACACCCAAGAAUUGAUAUCUCGCUAGUUCCGUCAUACGCUGAAACUCAAACCGAAAAAGUGAAUACAAAAUAUUCGUUCAAGUACUUCAGCCGUGAAAGCAAAUAUCAAAUUAAUGGUGAUAUUGGGGGUAGCGUCUAUUUAAAUUGCGAAAUAACUACAAAUGAGAAGCCAACUAUUAUAUGGUUUAAAGAUGAUAAAAUUUUAAAAGAAAGAAGUUACAGAUUUUUUUACGAAUUGGAUUUUGAACAUUUAUACAUCUUAAACUUUGACUCUUUACUGAUUACUGAUAAUGGAAGCUAUAAAUGCGUUGUGGGUGAAAAAAAUGAAACACAAAUUUCGAAGUUGUUCUCUUUAAAAGUGGAAGAACGUCAUCAAUUUGAGACCUUGCAUAUCACAUCUCUCAUUCCAAAUCAGUUAUCCGUUAAUUAUGGAGAACACUUUAAGAUUACUUGUACAGCGGCUGGUGACGAAGAUCAACCCAUGUUUUUUCGCUGGGAUCAUAGACGCCCAAGCAAUGAUACCACUAACUGGACUAAUCAUAAAGGUGUAAAAUAUCACGUGGUAACACUCAAAAUUGAUGCGUGCAGGGGUAAAAGUGUAUUAAAAGUAUUUCAAGUAAACGUUUCAAAUGUUGGCGAAUACGUGUGCAUUGCUUUUAAUAAAAAUACAUUUGCAACUAAAAGUGCAAUUGUUGCAGUGAGAGAAAGAGGCAAACCAUCAGCAGCAACGCUAUCGAGCAUCUAUAUUGCACUGAUUACAUUUUUUUGCAUAAUUUUUGUGGUUUUGCUGGUGAUCGUUGUAAUAGUUACUCGUUUAAGAAAAAAAAAAUUAUCAAAAAGGCGGUCGCACUCGAUUCAUUAUGAAGGACAUAAUAUUGAUACGCUGAUGCCAAAAUCAUGAGUUUAAAAACGAAGUUUUCUUUAAUUGUGAUAUUAAAUCAAAAAUAUUAUUUAUGAUUAGAUUAACAUUAACGCUUCAAUUUUA